UUCCUGAGGAGACUCAUUGUUGAAACCACAGGAACCAACACCAGAACCUGGGUCGGAGGCACCAACUUACAUAAUGAAGCUUAUUGGACGUGGAUCGAUGGUACCCCCUUCGACUUCACUGACUGGGGUCCAGGAGAACCAAACAAUGCAGGUGGAAAUGAGCGCUGCAUGGAUAUCAACCUGAGAGGACAAGAUUACGUGAAUGAUGAAAACUGUGACACAAAGAACCCCUUCAUUUGUGUUAAAAACAAGGCUUAGUUGUGUCUUUGUUGUCUCGACACGUCUGACACAAUGAUGUCACUUCCUGCAGGACGUCAGGCCUCGAUGACGUCCCUUCUGGAAGACAAAUGGUCAAAGUCAGAUAAUAAACAUGAAUAAACGUGUCUUCUAAAA